AUGUCUAAAUUUGACAACUCCAAUGUCCUUAGCGUUUGCAAAAUAGUGCUAAUUUGUGGUCUAAUCAUAUAUGUGACCACCAUUAUAGUUUUCAAUGACUCUGGAUGUCCAUCAUCUGAUCUUUUGUCUUCCUUAAAAUUUACAACUUUACCUUCUUAUAAUUUUCAACCAAUUAGUACAUCAUCAAAUAUUGCACAAUCCAAAAGUUCCACUAACAUUAGUCACCUUCUUUUUGGUCUUUUAGGUUCUGAAAAAGCAUGGCAUCAGAGAAAAUCAUAUAUUGAAUCAUGGUGGAGACCAAAUGUUACAAAUGGAUAUCUUUUACUAGAUGUUCCUCCUAAAGGUGAUCUUCUCCCAUGGUCUUCAAAUUCACCUCCUUAUAAAAUAUCAGAUGAUAUUCCAAAACUUGUUAACGAGACCAAACAUGUCGAUGCAACCGUUCUAAGGUUGGUUCAUGGGAUAAUGGAGGUGUUUAGAGAGAAACAUGAAGGUGUAAGAUGGCUAGUUAUGGGAGACGAUGAUUCGAUAUUUUUCUUAGAUAAUAUGGUUGAAAUUCUUGCACAAUAUGAUCAUACCAAGUAUUAUUAUUUUGGAGGACAUUCGGAAUUUAUAUUAUCGAAUUAUUGGUACUCAUUUAAUCAAGGUUUUGGUGGAGCUGGAUUCAUAUUGAGUUAUCCUUUGGCUAAAGCAUUGUCAAGAGAUAUGAUGUCUUGCUUAAAGAGAUAUGCUCAUUUGAAUGCUGCUGAUAGAACAACAAUGACCUGCAUUGCUGAUAUUGGUGUCAAUCUUUCUCCUCUUUUGGGUGUUCAUCAGAUUGAUUUACGUGGUGACCUAUCAGGAUUUUUAUCAUCUCAUCCAAAGUCUCUAUUAAUGUCACUUCACCAUUUUGACAUGGUUGACCCAAUUUUUCCCUCUAUGAAUCGUGCACAAUCUGGAUAUCAUCUUCUAAAUGCUGCAAAUUAUGAUCAAUCACGAAUGUUACAACAAACCAUUUGCCAUAAAAGGUCUACUAGUUGGACCUUCUCAAUUUCUUGGGGAUACUCAGCACAUAUUUAUGAGAAAAUUAUGCCUAGAAGUUGGUUACAAAAUCCAAUUGAAACAUUCAAGACAUGGGCAAGAAGUCCUAGGCCACCACAUUACAUGUUUGAUACUAGGAGACCUUCUUGGGAUCCUUGUGAGGCUCCUCAUGUAUUUUUCUUCAAGUCUGUUGAGAGAACUCCAGGAAAUGAAAUUCUUACAACCUAUGUUAGAGCAUGGCCUCGAGGGAUAGGAGAUUGUUCGUAUACUGGAAAUCAUUCUGCAGAAUAUGUAUUAGAAAUUCAUGUUUACUCACCAGCAACAAAACGUAUUGAGAUUGAUAGAUGUGAAUGUUGUGACGUAAUUCAUGAGGCUGGAUCGAAUAAGGCUGAUAUCAAGUAUAGGGAGUGUAAGGAAGAUGAGAUAAUAGCUUGA